AUGCGAGUACUUCUCUUGGCCACUCGUGGCAUCUCAACGAUCGUCGAACCACUCGAGAAGGUCGACAUACUGCAGCGCUACGUUAGAGCUGCUGUAGCAUCCACCAGCUUGCUACGACGCUACUUACGAUCUUACAUUAUGGUUUCAUUUAAAGUAAACCGAAACGCCAAAGAAAAUAAAGACAUCUACAAGGGUUAUCAAUCAGACGAUCUUCAACACAACACCGUUCCAAGAAAUGGCUCAACACCUGCCCAUUUAAACUGCGCAGUCCUUAACGCAACAUCAGUGGCCCUGUGUAGGUUAGGUUUCUUGUGA